CUAACCAAUGCUUUCUCAUUCCGCCAUCUCUCUCUCUCUCUCUCUCUCUCUCAUUGCCUGCUCCUCCUCUCUCCAAGUGCUAACUCUAACCCUAGAAAACCCCUCCCAUUCUUGUAGUUUCUGACAUCCAGUGGUAUCAGUCUCGCAGCGAUGCACGAGCUGGAGGUCCGUUUCCACGGUUCCAUACACCCCAGGAUCUGCAUCCCGGACGAGGCCUCGGAUCCGCCGCCUCUCUUCGCCGCCGGAGGCUGCCUCUUUCUCGAGCCCUAUGCGUCCGAAUCUCUGGUUCGAUCGCGGUGUUCCCGCGGAAAGGCGGUCCCUUUGGGCGGAAUCAGGUGGGAAGGGGCUGGCGCGGUGAAUGGGUUCGUGUCGGUGAGCUUGUCGGUGAAAGGGAGCGAAGGCCUCGUGCGGGAGUCGGUGGAGUUGUUGGGGAAGGUGGAGGAGAGGAGGUCGGAGGCGCCGGCAUUGGAGGGGGAGGAUGAGAGGAGGUUGGAGACUGUGGCAUCGGAGGGGAAGGUGGAGGAUGGAGUGUUGGUGGUUCUGGGGGAGGAGAAGAAGAACAGGGACAAGAAUGGUAGGUUGCAGGAGGAAAGAACCGGUGUGAUGAACACCACCAAGCAUCUUUGGGCUGGAGCUGUCGCUGCAAUGGUUUCGAGAACUUUUGUUGCUCCUCUUGAGAGGCUAAAAUUGGAGUAUAUGGUUCGUGGUGAACAGAGCAAUCUAUUUGCCCUCAUUAACAAAAUUGCAACCACCCAAGGUUUGAAGGGCUUCUGGAAAGGAAACAUGGUCAACAUUCUUCGUACUGCUCCUUUUAAGGCAAUUAACUUCUACGCAUAUGACACAUAUAGAAAGCAGCUACUUGAAUUAUCUGGAAAUGAAGAGACCACAAACUUUGAGAGGUUCGUUGCUGGUGCUGCAGCUGGCAUUACUGCAACUAUUCUUUGCAUACCAAUGGACACAAUUCGAACGAAGAUUGUAGCUCCUGGAGGUGAAGCCUUUGGUGGUGUUAUAGGUGUUUUUCAGCACAUGGUUCAAACAGAAGGAUUCUUUUCUCUUUAUAAGGGACUUGUUCCAUCUCUCAUUAGCAUGGCACCUUCAGGUGCAGUUUUUUAUGGUGUCUAUGAUAUAAUGAAGGCAGCUUAUCUGCAUUCACCGGAAGGGAGGAAGAGGUUGGCUUUAAUGACACAACAGGGUGAAGAAGUGAAUGCAUUGGAUCAACUAGAGCUGGGAUCCACAAGGACAUUGUUGUAUGGGGCCAUCGCUGGUGCUUGUGCUGAAGCUGCCACAUAUCCCUUUGAAGUGGUCAGGCGACAAUUGCAGAUGCAGGUUCGAGCAAACAAAUUGAAUGCUUUGGCAACAUUUAUGAAGAUAGUUGAGCAAGGUGGCAUCCCUGCACUGUAUGCUGGCGUGAUUCCCAGCUUGUUACAGGUUCUGCCAUCUGCUUCCAUUAGCUACUUCGUAUAUGAGAUUAUGAAGAUAUUGCUGAAGGUGGAGUGAGUACUAACUCAAUCGCUCAUCACAAUUUAAAGCAUUUGGGGUGACUAUUUCUUUUUUCCCCCUCUGUCCUCUUCUUUUAUUACUCUUUUUCUCUAAUGGACCAGCAAGAUAUAGUUCACCCUGGAAUCAAAUUGUUUACCCUCCUGUAUUCCAAGGAGGGGCAUUCAGACUCUUUUACAUUCUAUGGAGUACAGCAAUGGCUUUGGUUUCAUAGUA